CGGCAAUACGAUGGCCCCGAAAAAGCCCGGUGGCCUGCGCAAGGUACCACCCAAGUUCUCGGAGGAGACCCUCGCUCGCUGGGUGGCGGAGCUCGCAGAGCUCAAGUACGCCCGCUCUGUGUACUUGCACUGCCUCCGCGACCGCGACAACGCGACGGGCGCUCCGUACGGCCUCAGUGCCAAGCUACAGCGCAUCCUCGACCGCGUCGGUGGCCUCGACGCGCUCGUCACGUCGCCGCCGGCCUUUCUCUCGUUCAAGGACUCGUUCCACAAGCAGCCAAAGGCGGAGCUGGACUUUAGCGGCAUGUGCGUGAACGACUGGUUGAGCACACUCGCGUUCCGAACGAUACCGCCCGGUGUGCCCAUCAAGCCGUCUGUGUGCCGCACCCUCCUCCUUCGAGAAACGGAUGUGACGGACGGUAGCAUGAAGCACAUUGGCAAACUCAAAUUCAUCCACACACUCAGUGUCGCCAAAUGCGAGGCCCUCACGGACGCCACGUUGACGCUGAUUCGCCGGACGUUAGCGCAGCUCAGCGUGCUGCACAUUGACGAGUGCCGCAACUUUUCCAGCGACGUGCUCAUUGCGACUUGGACGGACUGCACCAAGCUGCACUCGCUCAGCGCCAUGGGCUGCCCCGCGGUGACAGAUCGCUUCCUGCACUGCGUCGCGACGACCAAGCGCCAGCCAGGCGCGCUGACAAGGUACCUCGACGUCUCCAAGUGUCGCAACAUCACGGACGCGGGCAUCACGGACGUGGCCGACUGCAAGCACGAGAUGGAGCUGACGUACUUUGCCUUCGGUCACUGCCUCCAAGUGCAGUCGAUGGCGUUCUUCGCGUUUGAGACGAGCAAGACACUGGGCGUGCUCGAGACACUGGACAUCCCGAGCCUCGAUCUGGACGAAGCGGCCGUGAGCUGGCUCGUCGGCGGGUGUCGCCGCCUCAAGAAACUCAAUCUCGCGCACUGUCUCCAGAUCAACGAUUUUUGCCUCUUACUCUUAGCACAGUGCACGCGCCUUCGCUGGCUGAGCUUGAACGGCUGCUACCGCGUGACGUCCAGAGGGCUCGCCAAUCUCUUCUCCAAGGAAAACACCGACACGCACGCGACGCAGCGGCACGUCUCGCUGCUCGAGUACCUCAACGUGCGCAACUGCUACGAGAUCAACAACGAUGGCCUCGACGCGAUCGGUGGCGCGUGCACGGACCUCCAACACCUCAACCUGCAAGGGCUUUCGCAUAUCUCGGACGCCGGCAUCAUGACUGUCGCCAAGCACUGCACCCAGCUGCGCCAUCUCGUGCUGUCGGGGUGCCGCAACGAGCUGUUUUACGGACGCCCCGACAUUGGCGACGAGACGCUUGCGAUUCUGAGCAAGCUUUGCCGCCGUAUGACGAGCUUGGACGUCACGGGCGGUCCGCGCGUCUCGACUCACGGUGUCAUGCUGGUGGCCGCCAACUGCCACAGCCUCUUGGAGCUCUACGUUGGGGACACACCCAUUGAUGACGCCGCCGUGAUCGCAGUCGCCCGGCACUGCCGCGACCUCCACACGUUGCAUUUGUCCAAGUGUCCGCAGCUCACCGACAAAGCCGUCGCUGCGAUCGCGUCGAGUCUCUUCCGAUUAGAGCACUUGACCCUUUCCCACUGCUCGCACUUGACCAACCAGUCGCUGCUCGCGCUCGCAGCAUCCCGCAUCGAGCUCCGGUUCCUCGACUUGACGGGCAACGCCAACAUCACGGACGACGGCCUCGUCGCCCUCGUCACGGGCUGCGACAAGCUCCGCGACGUGCGUCUUCGAGGCUGCGAGCGCCUCACGGAGAGCUGCUUGCGACGGUGCACGCUGGCUCUGCCUUUCUGCGCAUCCGCCGAGCCAGCAUCGCCUUCCAAACCCGGUGCCAAGAUGUCGGUCUUUGAGAUGAAGCCGGUGGCGACAACAUGGCGCGUCCUCUUUGAGAAGCUGCUCGCGCAGUACUCUGCGGCCGAGCUCCUCCAAGCCUGCGCGCGCAAGUGGCGGCAGCGAGACUUGACGCUGCAGUCCGUCUCGAAGCGCAAGCGCCUCCGAGAGCGGCGCGCCGCGUGUCGUAUACAAAGAGCGUUCCGCGCGCACCUCAAGUGGGUGGUCUACCUACGGUCCCUGCAACACGGAAAGCGCCGCGAUAUCCUGCUGCACGUGCAAGCGAUCUACCGAGGCAACGCCUGCCGGCGCCGCGUGCGCGCCUACAGGGAGGUCGUGCUCCACCUCUCGCUUUGCGUGCAGCGGGCGGCCAAGCACCACUUGUACCGGCGUCAUGGGCAUGCGCGCACGCUCCAGCGCGUCUUUCGGGGCCACCGCGGGCGACGGGAGGCAGCGGCACGGCGCCACGCGAUCCUCGUCGCCGCUAGCACGCGUCUCGUGCGAUGGUUCCAGCGCUGCUUGCGCCGUCGAGACUUCCGUCAACGCUGUGGGGCCAUUGCGCGCAACGUGCGGCUCAUCCAGCGCAGCUACCGUCGGUUUUAUCGCCUCGAGCGCCUUCGCGCCAUGCUCCGGCUCCUCUACAAACAUGUCACAGCGAUGCAAGCCGCCGUGCGCGGAGGCAUUGCGCGCCGAGCCGUGCGUCGCCGGCGCGCCGAGUGGACCGCGGGUGCCCUUUGCAUUCAAAGCACGUUCCGCAUGCAUCGGACGCGCGUCUGGUUCGUCUCGUACCGCAAGCAGAUUGUGGCGGCGGCGAUUCGGGUGCAGACGUGGGGGCGCCAGCGCAUCGCUAUGCGUCAUUGGCCACGAGCCAAAGCCGCGGUGCGCCGCGUGCAGAGACGCUUCCGGACCUACCGAGCGGUGCAUCGCUUCUACGGCGUCGCGACCCUCCGCCUCGCGCGCAAUGGCGACUUGGCGGCGCGGCUGAUCCAGCGGGUCUUUCGAGGCCACCGCGGUCGGUGCCGCGCCCGGCUCUUCCGCAAGAUCCAGCACUGCACGUACGCCGUCCAGGGACAGAACGCAGUCGAGCUUCUGUACCGCCGGCGCUUUCUCCGACGAGGCGCUGCGCUGGUGCUGCAGCGCUGGGUGCGCGCGACGAUGCAUCGCAUUCGCGUCGCGCGGCUUGGCGCGUGGCGCGCGAUCCAGGCCGGUCGCUGCAUUGGUCGGUACCUCAUUGCCUGGUUUGGCCGGGUCGUCUACCAAAAGCGACGCACGCUACUCCUGGCGCUAACGCUCGACCUGCAGCGGGUCUACCGAGGGCACCGAGGGCGCUGCAUCUACCGUGCGCGGCGGCUCGCGUACCGACGCCUCGUUGGUGCAAUCGAAAUGGAGCGCAUCACGCGGGGCUUCCUCGCGCGGCGCUUCACGUCGCACAUGCGCACGGCAUUUACGAAAGCCGCGCUGCUCGUCCAGCGCGUCUAUCGCGGCAAGCUCGGCCGUCGCAUCGCUGCCAUCGAACGUGCCAAGCUCGUGCUCGAAGCCAAAGACGUCUACCUCAAGAGCGUGCGCGGCGCACUGGCGUCUCGCAUCUACUCGUUGCCAAUGAAGGAGCAAAAGUGCUUGAUGGAGCGGCAAGUUGAGCUCCUCGAGCGCACCAAGCGCAUGCUCGUGCGGCGCCGUGUCGGGUAUGAGAAGAAGAUGGUGCAGGUGCGCGCGAGCCGCCGCGAGCUCUGGGCGCUCGCCAACGAUGCGGUCGGCGAACACUACCACAACCACCGAAAAAUGGUUGGCGCGAGUGAAAAUGUCUACGUCACCAAGAUCGAACGCGACACCAACAUUGCUCGGCGCGCGGCGCUCACAGCCGAGCUCACCGACAUCCACGUCAAGAUGAUGCGCUUCAAGAAGGCGCUGCGCGACAAAAUCAACGAGACACGGGUCAUGGAGCCGUCCGAGUUUUGGGAGGUGGCGACGGCCACUGGAAUCUUUGAUAUGCAGGUGCCCCAUGAAGCAUCCUAGACGACGCGACCGUGUACUACAUGUUAUAAUGCGUCUCUGCGUACGACUGUCGUCGAUGGCAACAACGAAAAGGGUGCAGGACGCCAAGCGCCCCUAAAAUAUAAAGUGCAAAUUCGAGGGACGACGUGGCAGCUGGAGA